GCUCUUUCACAGCAAGUCACAAAGGCGCCCGUCACAGACACCUGAGAUGCAGAUUUUUACUCUCACUCUGCUUGUCUUUCUUCUCGCUGCUGUGUUCGUUCGCGGUGACCACGGCAAUGAAGAACACGCUGAAGAUGAUCAAGUGGACGAGCUGAUGGACGACCUGACAGGCGGCAGCGAGGAGCUGUCUCGAAGUAAACGAUGGGACCAUGGAGGCAGCGGACGUGACAACGGAGCAGGCCCACCUGAAGGUGGUGAAGGCGGCGAGCGUCGAGGCGGUGAGCGUCGAGGCGGGCAGCGUGGAGGGUAUCGUCGAGGCGGAGGUGAUAGACGCGGCGGCCAGUGGAGGGAGCGCCAAGGCGGCAGACGUCCACCGAGACCGGGCGAUGACGGGCCCCGAGAAGGAAACGGCGAAAGGCCUGCGGAAAGACGCGGGGGAGGUCCUAUGGAAAGACCAGGCGAACGACCAGGCGAGCGACCAGGCGAACAACCAGGCGAAAGGCCAGGCGAAAGGCCAGGUGAACGACCAGGAGAAAGACCAGGAGAAAGACCAGGAGAAAGACCAGGAGAAGGAACAGGCGAAAGGCUAGGUGAAUGACAAGGCGAAGAACAAGGCGAAAGACGUCAAGAACAAUAAUAACAGCCAUAGGGUGCCCGUCCCUGGAUUUCCAGCUGGGUGCAAUCUAGAUAACGCGAACGCUGGCUACAGCGGCGUGCAAGUAUAGAAAGGAAAUUAAUUGAAUACACGCCAAAAAAGGAGCCGUAAGCACCGGAAAUUUGUCGUUUGGGUCUCUUUUCCAUUGUUUUACGUUGCAAUGCCAGCUGGCUAUAUGCUUCCCGCAUAAAUGAAUGCUGUCUGCAUUCUCA